AUAUACAUAGAGAUGGUCGAAGAGAUCCAAAAGUCUUACAACAAUCUCCUGAUUUUCUUGUUUAAGGUUUUUUUUUAAGACACGCAAUUUGCGGAGUCUACUUUAACGGCUUUUCUUCCACGUUUACACCUUCCCUUUCUUUCUUGUCCCCAAAAAUGAUUCAAUUACUACAAUGCUGCUUAAAAACUGGGAUUCAAUUUUGAAUAUUCCUAUCCAAUUCCUGAUUCAGGGUUUUGAGGGUCUCACUGUUAAUGAACUCAUAAAAGUUUCCAUCUUGAGAAAUGCAGAAACGAUUAUGAAGGCUUCGAAGAUGAGGAAUUAAGAGAAGUCUGAUUCAUCCCCUGCGCGAUUUCACUGAAACUAGAGUUAAACAAAGAGUGUGUGGCCCAGCAUCAAAAUUCAAAAGCUACAAUAUGGCACCUGGUGGUGGUAUCUGCAAGGAUGUGAUCGAGUCUCGUAUUACAUUUGCAGAAUAUGACAUGGCAACUUCAAGUGCAGAGUUAAGAGGUUCCCCUUUAAGAAAAGCAGCAACCAGUUUGGGUGGAAAUCUUGGAGCAACAUCAACAAAUGACGUGCACGAAUUACUCGAGUGUCCCGUUUGCUUAAAUUUGAUGUAUCCUCCGAUUUACCAGUGUCCCAAUGGCCACACUGUAUGUUCGAUUUGCAAGGCUAGAGUUCAUAAUUCUUGCCCGACUUGCCGCAAUGAGCUUGGAAAUAUAAGGUGUUUGGCUCUAGAAAAAGUAGCGGAGUCAUUAGAACUUCCUUGCCGAUACCAGAUUCUGGGUUGUCACGAUAUUUUUCCGUACUACAGUAAGCUGAAGCACGAAAAAAACUGUAGAUACCGCCCCUAUCAUUGUCCGUACGCCGGAGCCGAAUGCUCCGUCACUGGUGAUAUUCCGUUUCUCGUCGUGCAUCUAAAGAAUGAUCACAAGGUCGAUAUGCAUGAUGGUUGUACUUUCAACCACAGAUACGUUAAAUCCAAUCCUCAUGAAGUCGAAAAUGCCACCUGGAUGUUAACCGUUUUCAACUGUUUCGGUCGACAAUUUUGCUUGCACUUCGAGGCUUUUCACAUAGGAAUGGCACCAGUUUACAUGGCUUUCUUACGAUUCAUGGGUGACGAGGAUGAGGCGAGACAAUUCAGUUAUAGUUUGGAAGUUGGUUGUUAUGGCAGAAAGGUUACCUGGCAAGGAGUUCCUAGAAGCAUUCGAGAUAGUCAUCGGAAAGUUCGAGAUAGUCAAGACGGACUUAUAAUUCAACGGAACCUGGCGCUCUUUUUUUCUGGCGGGGAUAGACAGGAAUUGAAGCUGAAAGUGGCCGGCCGGAUUUGGAAAGAACAAUGAGAUAAGUCCAGAAAAAUGAAUCUAGGACCAUGGUUAGUUCAAAAUAUGUAUAUAUAUAUAAAAGAGAAUAAAAAGUGUUGCUAGAUUCAUGCAUUUUUCUGUAAAAUUUUUGUAGAUAAUGUUAUCACAUUAUUAGGGUAAACUAUGAUUGGUAUUGGAGAUUUCUAUGAUAUUUUAGCACUAUAUAUUUCGGAUAA